AUGGAAGUGUCCCCAAACCAACCAGCAUCCAAUAAAAGCAGUGCCAAGAGCAACAGCUCUGCAGUUUUCUACUUUGAGUCCUGUCAACCCCCUUUCCUGGCCAUACUCUUGCUACUCAUAGCAUAUACCAUGGUCCUAAUCAUGGGCAUUUUUGGAAACCUCUCUCUUAUCAUCAUCAUCGUUAAGAAGCAGAGAGAAGCUCAAAAUGUUACCAACAUACUGAUCGCCAAUCUGUCCCUCUCCGACAUCUUGGUAUGUGUCAUGUGCAUCCCUUUUACAGUCAUCUACACUCUAAUGGACCACUGGGUAUUUGGGAAUACCAUGUGUAAACUCACUUCCUAUGUGCAAAGUGUCUCAAUCUCUGUGUCCAUAUUCUCCCUUGUAUUGAUUGCUAUUGAAAGGUAUCAGCUGAUUGUGAACCCCCGUGGCUGGAAGCCCAGGGUAUCUCAUGCUUACUUGGGUAUUGUCUUGAUUUGGCUCAUUUCCCUUUCAAUGUCUGUUCCCUUAUUCCUGUCCUACCACCUUACCAAUGAGCCCUUUCACAAUCUCUCUCUCCUGGAUGACAUCUACACCCACCGGGUGGCCUGUGUAGAGAUCUGGCCUUCCAAACUGAACCAACUCCUCUUUUCCACAUCAUUGUUUAUGCUCCAGUAUUUUGUCCCUCUGGGUUUCAUUCUUAUCUGCUACCUGAGGAUUGUUAUCUGUCUCCGAAAAAGAACUAGAAAGGUGGACAGGAGGAGGGAAAUUAAGAGCCGCCUCAAUGAGAACAAGAGGGUAAAUGUGAUGUUGAUUUCCAUUGUGGUGACUUUUGGUGCCUGCUGGCUGCCCUUGAACAUCUUCAAUGUCAUCUUUGACUGGUAUCACGAGAUGCUGAUGAGCUGCCACCACGACCUGGUGUUCGUAAUUUGCCACUUGGUUGCUAUGGUUUCCACAUGCAUAAACCCUCUUUUUUAUGGCUUUCUCAACAAAAAUUUCCAGAAGGACCUAAUGAUGCUUAUUCAUCACUGUGGGUGUAUUGCACCUCAGGAAAGAUAUGAAAAUAUCGCCCUGUCCACUAUGCACACGGAUGAAUCCAAGGGAUCAUUAAGACUGGCUCACAUAACGACAGGGGUAUAG